ACUCACGGCGACGCCGGCCGGAAAAGGUUCAGCCGUGGAGCUGACCUGUGAUCUCGCCAUGGACGUGACGACGCCCGAGCUGACCAAGGAGGAGAUCGUCAGGCUCCGCGACACGCACAUCGGGCGGUCAUGUCAGCUGUUCUUCAGGGAGGCACCCCUGAUGAUAGUUCGGGGCGAGGGCAUUCACCUCUAUGAUGAAACCGGCCAGGCAUAUCUGGACGGCAUCAACAACGUCUGCCACGUCGGCCAUUGCCAUCCGGAUGUCGUCGGCGCCCUCUGCCGCCAGGCAGCUGCAUUGAAUACCAACAGCCGAUUUUUGCACCAAAACAUCGUUCUCUACGCGAAAAAGCUAACGGCGACUUUUCCGGAGUCGCUGUCCAUAGUCUACAUGGUGAACUCCGGCUCUGAAGCUAACGACCUGGCGCUGAGGCUGGCCAAGGCGCACACCAAGGCCAGUGACGUCAUCACGCUGGAUCACGCCUACCACGGUCACGUGACAUCCACGAUGGAGAUAUCACCGUACAAGUUUAAGAAGGGUGACCGGGCACCCAAAUCCGGCGAGGUUCAUUUGGCGCCGUGCCCGGACACGUACAGGGGCGAGUUCAGGGACGCCAGCUCGGCCGGCCAGCAGUACGCCGAAAAGGUGCAGGACAUCAUCGCGAAGCUGGCCGAGAGUGGCCGACGGCCGGCAGCCUUCAUCGCCGAGAGUCUACAGAGCUGCGGCGGCCAGAUCUUGCCGCCGACCGGAUACCUGCGCGCAGUCUACGAACAUGUCCGGGCGGCGGGCGGAGUCUGCAUCGCCGAUGAGGUUCAGGUCGGCUUCGGCAGGGUCGGCACCCAUUGGUGGGCCUUCCAGACGCAGGGAGAUGACGUCAUACCGGACAUCGUCACACUGGGGAAGCCGAUGGGAAACGGUCAUCCGGUAGCCGCUGUGGUAACCACACAAGAGGUGGCCGAAAGCUUCGCGCAAACCGGCGUCGAAUACUUUAACACGUACGGCGGCAACCCAGUCUCCUGUGCUGUGGCGAUGGCUGUGAUGAAGGUGAUAGAGAACGAGAAGCUCAUGGAGAACUGCCUGAGAAUAGAGGAGGUUCUCGGGGAUGGACUGCAGCGCCUGCAGGAGAAAUAUCCCAUAAUCG